UCUCACACACAAGUCAUAAUGACCGAGGCGGGGGAUCAAGCCUGCGGACUCGAGAGAUGGUGACGCUACGGCAGAGGUGAAGAAAUACGAUCAAACACUAACGCGACGGGUACUCGGACAGACUCCGAGUGAAUAAAAGAUGUUGUUUGGGAUAAAAACCGGCGAUAUAGAACCUCUGUUUCCGCAACAGAAAGCACUGGAAGAGAGUUUAGUCGGUCCUCAUUCAUCGGCAGAGUUUCAACGAAAAGUGUGCAACCUGUCACACGGCUGAGUCAAAGAGUCUCACUGUAAACAAUAGCAGUCAUAGUUUUACAGACACUGAGGCGGGGGUUCAUGUGAACAUACCGCGGCUGCAUUUAUUCUCCGUUUAUCAUAGUAUAGUUGAUCGCUGCAUUUCUAGGCUGUCGAAAGCGCACCAACUUGCUCAGGAUGAUGCAGGUGAAAAAACACAGGAGCUCCGAGGACUCUCAACGGGAUGACAUGAAGAAAAAGACUUCAUGUUUUUCGAAUAUUAAGAUAUUUUUAGUGGCGGAAUGUGCUCUGAUGUUAGCACAGGGCACAGUGGGGGCAUACUUGGUGAGUGUGCUGACCACGUUAGAGCGGCGCUUCAAUCUUCAGAGUGCUGAUGUGGGUGUAAUUGCCAGCAGCUUUGAGAUCGGCAACCUGGCCCUUAUUCUGUUCGUUAGUUAUUUUGGUGCCAAAGCCCAUCGUCCACGAUUAAUUGGCUGCGGAGGCAUUGUCAUGGCUCUGGGAGCCCUGCUCUCUGCAUUACCUGAAUUCCUCGCCAGUCAAUACAAGAUCACAGACUCCUGGAGCAAGGAUCAGGGCCGGGAUGUGUGCUCGAACACCUCAAAAGUUGAUGAACUGUGUGGGAAUAGAGCCAAUACCAACAUGAUGUACCUGCUUCUUAUUGGAGCACAGGUUCUACUGGGUAUAGGGGCCACGCCCGUGCAGCCCCUGGGUGUGUCCUACAUAGAUGAUCAUGUACGGAAGAAAGACUCCUCUCUGUAUAUAGGUAUACUGUUUUCCACACUGGUAUUUGGACCUGCUUGUGGUUUUAUCCUGGGAUCUGUCUGCACCAACUUUUAUGUGGACGCUUUAUUCAUCGAUACAACUAAGCUGGACAUCACCCCUGAUGACCCUCGAUGGAUCGGAGCAUGGUGGGGCGGAUUUCUUCUUUGCGGUGUCUUACUCUUCUUCUCCUCCCUCUUCAUGUUUGGUUUCCCCCAGUCUCUGCCAGGCCGGGAGGUGGAGGGAGGGGUUGAGAGCGAACAGGCCAUGCUGCCCCCUUCUUUAGCUCAAGAUAAUGACAAAUCCAAGUCCAGCAAUGGAGUCCUGCGGAACUGCCAGCCCAACAACAACAGCCUGUCCUGCUGCCAACAGCUCAGAGUUAUUCCCAAGGUGACUAAGCAUCUGCUGUCAAACCCAGUGUUUACGUGUAUCAUCUUAGCUGCCUGUAUGGAGAUUGCUGUUGUCGCUGGUUUUGCUGCCUUUCUGGGAAAAUAUCUGGAGCAACAGUUCAACCUCACCACCACCUCUGCCAACCAGCUGUUAGGGAUGACAGCCAUUCCAUGUGCCUGUCUGGGUAUAUUCUUGGGUGGUUUGCUGGUGAAGAAACUGAACCUGUCUGCUCUGGGAGCGAUCCGUAUGGCCAUGCUGGUCAAUUUGAUCUCCACUGCCUGUUACGUGUCUUUCCUGUUCCUGGGCUGUGACACAGGACCUGUUGCUGGGGUGACCGUCGCCUAUAGCAACGAGACACUUCAAGCAGGCCAGUGGCUGGAAGCCCCCUGCAUGAGUCAUUGUAACUGCUACACUUCAUCUGUUAGCCCUGUUUGUGGCUCCAAUGGUGUGACCUACUUGUCCUCCUGUUUCGCUGGCUGCAGAAAUGCCAUCAGCACUGGACUACCACCUCCUUUCUCACAGAACCUAACUGGGUGUGCAUGCAUCUCUGGAUACAGUGACUUCGCCACAGCUGUGCCAGGCAAAUGUCCUCGCCCUGGCUGCCGAGAGGCCUUCCUCACCUUCCUGUGUGUGAUUUGUGCCUGCAGUAUGAUCGGAGCCAUGGCACAGACUCCCUCUGUCAUCAUUCUCAUCAGAACUGUGAGCCCAGAGCUGAAGUCAUAUGCCCUUGGAGUUCUUUUUCUGCUACUGCGGCUGUUAGGAUUCAUUCCCCCUCCUUUGAUAUUUGGUGCGGGAAUCGACUCCACAUGCCUUUUUUGGAGCUCUGAGUGUGGGGAGAAAGGCGCCUGUAUGUUGUAUGACAACAUGACGUACCGACACCUGUACGUCAGCAUGACCAUAGUCCUCAAGAUCGUCGCUUUCAUCCUCUACACAACCACCUGGCAGUGCUUGCGCAGAAACUACAAGAAAUACAUUAAAAACUUUGAGGGAUAUGUUACGCCCACUGAAAUAUUCUCAUCCAGCGUGAAUCUUGACAGUCUGGGAAAGGACAGCAGUCAAAGCCAAGUCAACAGGACUAAAUUUAUAUACAACCUGGAAGAUCAUGAAUGGUGUGAAAACAUGGAGUCCGUUUUAUAGUGGGGUAUGCCACCCACAUGCUAAUUCAAGCAUAAUUCUAUUGAAGGAUCUUUAUUAUGUCUUUAUUCUUUUUAUAAAGAAACGUUUUUUCUUUUGCUCCAGGAUGUACAGACCUGUUGCAGCACUUCACUCUUAUUUCAUGCAAACUGUUCUACUGGGUCCACUUUGUUUUUAAAAGUACUUUCCAAUAAGGUUUUUGUCCAGUGCCAAUAAACUGCUGUAGUUGUUCAUUCAAGGCAUCUACUCUAAUUGAUGGACUGUGUGACAAACUAAUGCAAUGGCAAAAAUGACUUUCCCACUUUUUCUCCACAUUUUAUCAAAAUGAACAAGCUUAACUCACCAUCCAUCAUCAAGCUCUGAUUUACCCUGGUAAAAUAAGGUCCCCAAAGCUGCUGGUUCAUGUUCUCAGUAUCUACAACCCAAUCCGUUAUUAUCAUGAGGAUCAUGUCAGUACAAAACAUCACGCCUUGACCAAAUGGUACUUACAUGUAAUUCAAUUGUAUACUGUGGCAUGGGGGGGGGGGCGUGGUCAUGUGUCAGUCUGCGGGAGAGGGAGAGCAGUAUGUUGAUAAUGACAGUUACCGUCGUGUGUAUGUGUGAAAGAGAGCAAUUUAAAGAACUGACCUUGAAGCUGCUUCAUUAUCAACAUAAAAAGGGUAAUGUUUUUCAGAAGCUCUGUCUGCGGUAGCUUUCUGGUCACUCUCUUCCCCUCUCUGAUGCUCUGGCGUGCCUUUUAAGUCUCCCUCUGCCAUCACUAUAAUGAGAGACAGGUGUUAGAGAUAAUUAUGAAACAGGUGACAAGCCUUACCGCUCUCCCUCUCCCGCAGACUGACACAUGACCACGCCCCCACCCCCUCCCCCACCCAUUGCCACAUAUACAUAAUGCAAUUCUAUACUACAUAUGAAAACAAUAUCAGAUAUUUCUCAAAACUUUCGUUUGAUUUGCAUUCAGAGGGGUGUUUGAGAGAUGUGUUUCCUUUUGAAGUGCUUUUGCAGCAUUUGCAUUCUGCUGUUAAUUUAUAUUCUUUACUAAGCUCUAAAAUGUAAUUGCUAUUGAGAUAUAUACUGUACAUUAUUAUCAUAUUUAUACAUUUGUGCAAUAGUGGGAGAGUGUAUUUGAAAAAAAGCCAGAGAAGUUUUGUCUAUAUAGAUAUGUUUGUCAUUAGAUUUUUAGGGAUGAUGAAGACAAACUUUUUUAUCUAUUAAUGAAUAUAGAAUGCCUCUUUAUCCAGAUGACAGUAAUGAAAUGUAAGGGAAUAGACUAUAGGAAUACUGAGACUGAAAACAGAGGAUAUGUAUUAAAAAAAAAAAAAAAAAAAAAAGGACUUUUAAUGAAGUGGCAAAAUAACGUUGACAUUUAUGAGUAGUGCUUUCAACUUUUAACCCCUCGCUUAACAAAUAACAUGACAUACUAAUUAAUGCUGGGCCCUGAUAGUUUUGAAUUUGGAAAAAAAGUUAUAAUGUUGUGUGUAAAAUGUGUUUUACCUUUAAGAGCAAUUUACUAUUUGGAUUGAGAUUUAAAUAUUUUAUUUCACUUAUUGCAAUAAGAAGUGGCACUUUGGGUGCUUCAGCAGAUUUGAUAUAGUGGUGUACACAUAAAGCACUUUUGGAUGAAAAUGGUUUAUGAUUAUUUAUUUUUUUUAACUACACAUUUUUCAAUAUUCUUUUUGAAUCGGUCUUGUUUUACAGGCAAAGGUGUUACUGCAGAUACAUUUAAGCAGUCUCUUUUUCAUGUAAUUUUUGUAUGGCAAAAUAACUAUUAUUUUAUUCAGCAAAUAAAUUAUUUUUCAGAAAAGCAAUCUCA